ACAAAAAAAAAAAAAAGUAUUUUCCCGAAAGAACAGCAAAAGAACUUGGUUAUGUUCAAGGUUAGGGUUAGCCCUCCCUCCCUAAAAAGUGGCUUUCUGGUGGAAAGCACUGAAGGCUAAACUCAUAUAGGCCUACUCAUAUACUCAUAUAGCCUACGUUGCGCGCUCUGCUUAUGUGUCGGCCGGGGCGUGAGGAUCAAUUUUUUUAUCAAUAAUGCCAACCGUGCCAAUAAUUAAGAGAACAACAUAUAGGAUAGGCCUGCCUAUUUAUGCAGGUCUUCAGGCCAACUUUAUUAAACUCCAACGAUUGCCUGGUUUGCAAUGCGCUGUUGACGACUGCAUCGUUUUACAGGAUUAUGAUGUCCAAAGGUGGAGCAAAAAUGUGAAGCGGAUGGGAGCUUAAUCCGGUCGUCUUUCGGGAAGAUAGAGAUGACUGACGGUUUGCAAAGCGGAGUCUUUGCUUUCGGACUUGUACAAUCUAGGAACAACUGAAUGGGCAGCGGUGGAUGGUUUUACUCAGAUUUAUUUUCUAGUUUUGAUAAGCAUGUGGCGACCACGCGAUUUGAUUGUUCGUAAGUUUAGAAUUACUUUCAUGGCAAUAUUUAAAAGAUAGGCCUAAAUAAGACGUCAACAGGGACAUGGCGAAGCUUCUGCUGCAUAUUGUGAUAACUACCCUCAUGUCAGACUUAUCCGGUGCCACAACAACGACAAAAAAAGCUCAAGGUAACCUCGGAGACCGUAAAAAACGGACAGUAUCAUUUAUGGAAUGGUAAUAAUAAGAUACCACAAAUGGGUGCUUUUAAAGACAGGAAAUUCUUUUUUUGCUAUGUGUUGUAAUUAUUGAUUUAGAGGUAAGGUUGAAGCAGUGCUGCAUUUUGUCUUCAAGUCUCUAUGGAUAUGAUGAGGUGAGGGUAUGUGCCUUUCACCUACAGCGGCCCUCUUGACUCUAAACGGUAGCCGGGUGCGGUUUAAAACCAAGAUGGCCGCUACAGGUGAAGACUGCCCUUCACAAGGAAGGUUGAAGCUGUGUGUUUGGCCUCCUGUGGGCGUUCUAGUGAAAAACAACUCGGGGGUGACUCCGGCCGGGCAGUGCGGGGACUGGGUGAAGGAGCUCAGCGGCGGCUCUUUCACCUCCCCCAACUACCCCGAGAAAUACCCCGCCGACAGGGAGUGCAUCUACAUCAUAGAAGCGUCUCCCCGCCAGUGCAUCGACCUGUUCUUCCUGGAGCGCUACUCCAUCGAGCCGUCCUGGGACUGUAAGUUCGACCACAUCGAGGUGCGGGACGGGCCCUUCGGCUUCUCGCCCAUCAUCGGCCGCUACUGCGGCCAGCAGAGCCCCGCCUACGUGCACUCCAGCGGCCGCUACCUCUACAUCAAGUUUGUGUCGGACGGGGAGCUGGAGGCCACCGGCUUCUCCGCCCAUUACAACUUCACCCAAGGUGAGGGGUCAGAGGGGACAUGGCGCCGGAGAGACGCCCACGGCAGUGGAAGGAAGAAUACCUUUGUUUGUUUGUUUACUUUUAGCUUUGCCUGCAGCGUUGUUGAGGUUCCACGAUGGCGAGAGAAAUUCAUUCAUUCCAGAGAAUGACUGUGUUGUGUUUUUGCGUUAAGCCCUCAGUCCUACCUUUGCUCCCUACUGGGCCACAGAUGAACUUACCUUGUACCGUCUGUUAUCAUCCCUCCUCUCCUCACACGCUCCCUCUCAACCGGCCGUCUCACUUCUGGAGCAUCACUUCCAGGCCACCAUACACUUGUUUUACUAUGGCAAAAUGUUUAAACCUCCACUGGUUCAAAGCUCAGGCAGAACCUACAAAGGCGAACGCAUUGUAUCUGUUUAAACAAUCAGAGGGCCCCUCAUGCAAAAAAAAUAAAUGGUGGUGUUCAUUCCUAUCUUUA